AUGAAGAGGGGUAUCUCUAGUGGUUCUACGUUGGAAGUCUCGGCGAAGGAGAAGAAAAAUGGGGCCCUGAUCUUGGAUGACAAUCUCAAAGGCUUAGCCAUGGGUAUUAAUGGCAAUGAGGCAAUAGGCGGCUCCAACUCGCUGACCCAAGCACUAGGCGACGCUAGUGAGCUGAUGGGCGGCGCUGCAAGUGACACCGACGCAAGAGUAGUAGAGAUUGGGAAGGAGGCUAGCGCUAUUGUGGCUGGCUCUUGUGCACUGGGACAAAUGGGUGAUGUCAAGGUCUUGAGCAAAGCCAGCUUCGAUAAGGCUCUGGAGAAGGAAGGCGACGCCUUGGGUCGCGAGGGUGAUGCUUUGGGUCUCAUAGGCAACACCUUGGAUGUCAUAGGUGGCGUUUAUGAGCAGAGUGGUGACGCCCAUAGGGCUAAUGUCCUUUAUAUUGGUGGUGACGUCGAUGAGAACUCAUAG